AUUAUAUUUGUUUGCGUUUGCACACGUGACAUAGCCUGCUGCGGCAUUCAGCGUUCAUUCCACAUCGAACGCGCUUGUCGGUCAGUCGAGCAGUGAAGUGCAUUCGUUCGUAUUUUUAAAUUUCGAGAAAUAUCAUAAAAUACAAAAAGAUAUGAGGCUUCAAAACAAAAAAAUAUUGGUCACAGCGGCUGCCCAAGGAAUAGGACGGGCAUCAGCUUUGGCUUUUGCCGAGGAAGGCGCAGAGGUAAUUGCAACUGACAUCAAUUUUGACAAAUUAAAAGAGUUAUCGGGCACAAAAGGUAUAACAGUCAAAAAGUUAGACGUUACCAAGGUAUCGGAAAUAGAAGAGCUUUCACGAGAAAUUGGUCGUGUGGACGUUUUGUUCAAUGUAGCAGGUUGGGUGGCUCAUGGUUCUGUUCUGGAUUGCAAUGAAGAAAUAUGGGAUCGUUCGAUGGAAAUUAAUGUUAAGAGCAUGUUCUUAACCAUUAGAUGCUUUCUUCCUUCUAUGAUUAGUCAUGGAAAGAACAUCAUAAACAUGUCUUCAGUUGCAUCUAGCAGAAAAGGAACCCUUUUGCGUUGUGCAUAUCAAACAUCCAAAGCUGCAGUUGUUGUGACUAAAUCAAUUUCUGCAGAUUUUUGUUCAAAAGGUAUUCGAUGCAAUUGUAUUCAACCAGGCACAAUAGAGCCUUCACUGAGAGAUAGAAUUGCAUCAAAUAGUGAAAUGGAUCCUGAGGAAUCGAUGAAAAUGUUCCAAGCAAGAUCUCCUAUUGGUAGAUUUGGUAAAGCUGAAGAAGUUGCUAAACUCGCUGUCUUUCUGGCAUCGAUGAAUCAGAUUUUAUUCAUGGUACAGAAAAUGGUAAUUGACGGAGCUUGGUCUGCAUAGAAUAUUAUAGUCUAUUUUCUAUCAGCUCAUAAUAAAAAAUGGUGGACAAGAAUAUUUUAUGUUACACAGUGUUUUAUUAUAACAUUACGUGAUAAAUGUCAAUGAUUCUCCAAAUUUUAAUCCUGUAAGACGCUUAAAAUAUGCAGCUUCCAAGAUCAUCUGAGGUCUCUCAACAAAAAUGGAAAUAUUACUGUAAUUUUUGUUAUUUGAUGUUGUUCCUCCAAUUAUUUAAUAGGCUCUAUAUCAAAGUUUCAUACACAGCAUUCGAUUGGAAACACUACAUAUAUAUAGAUUGCAAUAAUAUUGGUCAUUUUCAUAAUAUCGCAUCGACUAUACCUUUGAGUUGUCAAGUGAUUUUGAAUUAUAUUCGAAUUCGUCUGUAAAGAGAUGAAAUUUUGUGUUCAAGUAGCAAAUUUUGAAAUGACUUUAUCAUUAUAUACUCAACUUAAUUCAUCAAAUAUAUCAUCAAUAGUAAAAAUCAGUAAAAAAAGUUAAACUAAUGUGCUAGGAAAGACUCUCAUCGAAAAACAGAACACAUAUUUUAAUUCUAGUACAAGUUAACUACAGAGCAGAUAUUUAUUCUAUGUUCCUAUUAUCAUUAUGGGAAAAUCAUGGGUGCUCUUAUUGCUCUAUAUUUUAUAAUCUUUAAUUUACAGUUUAUUUUGAAAGAUCCAUGCCUCAGAUUCAAUUCGAGAUCAUUUUUAAAUUGUAUUAUCGAUAAUGUUGAGAUGAAUUGAUUUUACUACUACUUCAAAUUAAUACUGUAUUUGAAUAAAACCGUGUGAAUGUUUAGUGGUUUCAUAUACCUUUCAUCAAUGUGCAAUUUUCAAUAAUGUUUCAAAAUCAAAUAUUUUGCCAAUUUAGAA